CAGAGCUUCACCUCGACUUGAGGACCGCCUGAACUGCUAACGUUAGUGCCGCCUUCAGUACCUAAACAACCACCACCUUUCAAUCUUGCACAGUCUCUCAAUUACCGCAGCCAAAGCCCUCGAAAGUCCAUAAUCAUGGCUGUCGAUCCCUUUGACUCCGCUUUAGACCUUCUCCGCCGUCUCAACCCUAAACAGACGACAGACCACCUCAACGCCAUCAUCUCCAUCGCUCCAGAUCUGACCGAAGACCUUCUGUCGUCCGUCGAUCAGCCCCUAACCGUGCGCCGCUGCAAACAGACCGGCCGAGACUACCUCCUCUGCGACUACAACCGCGAUGGAGACAGCUACCGCUCACCGUGGUCAAACCAAUUCGACCCUCCUCUGGAUGAAGCUGGAUCAGGCGGUGUAGGUGCUGGUGGUAAUGAAGGCGCUGGUGAGGGUGCGAUUCCGAGCGAGCGUGUUCGCAAGAUGGAGGUCAAGGCGAACGAGGCCUUCGACGUCUAUCGCGAUUUAUACUACGAAGGUGGUGUGAGCAGUGUUUACUUCUGGAACCUUGAUGACGGAUUCGCAGGGGUCGUGCUUCUCAAGAAGUCUUCCCCCCAAGGCGGCAAUUCCGAAGGUGUAUGGGACUCCAUUCAUGUUUUCGAGGCAAUUGAGCGAGGAAGAAGCACACACUAUAAGCUCACAUCGACAGUGAUUCUGACCUUGUCUACGUCUGGUGGCAACCUAGGCGAGAUGGACCUUAGUGGCAACAUGACACGCCAGGUCGAACAGGAUCUCCCUGUUGACAACGAUGAUAGCCACAUCGCCAAUGUGGGACGAUUGGUUGAGGAUAUGGAACUCAAGAUGCGCAAUCUCCUGCAGGAGGUGUAUUUUGGCAAAGCCAAAGACGUGGUGGGCGAUCUCAGGAGCAUUGGAAGCUUGAGUGAGGGAGCACGGGAUCGCGAGGCUCAGCGCGAACUCAUCGGAAGCAUGAGAAGAUGAUGUGCGCCCAAACCGAUUCACUCGAUAGUUAGAAGAGCAAGACCCUCGAUAGAUUGUCUCGAGAUACAUGUACUGCACCGUGGUGGCACCCUGUGCGAGUAUUGGCCUUUAAUUGCACUAGGAGCGAGACUUGAUAGAUGUGCAGAUUGAUUGAUAUACUCAUUUGCUUUCAUCCAGCGUUUGCAUUGAAGGACUCGUGGCCAUGACCUGGAAAUAGCACAUGAUCCUUGGGCAGUGUCUGAACCCUAU